UCAAGUUCCUCACUCUGAGGACAAAGUUCCUCACUCUGAGGACAAGGUUCUUCACAUUGAGGACAACGUUCCGAACUCUGAGAAGAAGGUUCAUGAUUCUGAGGACAAGGUUCCUCACUCUGAGGACAAGGUUUCUCACUCUGAGGAAAAGGUUCCUCACACUGAGGACAAGGCUCCUCACUCUGAGGACAAGGUUCCUCACUCUGAGGACAAGGUUCUUCACUCUGAGGACAAGGCUCCUCACUCUGAGGACAAGAUUCCUCGCUCUGAGGAGAAGCUUCAUCACUCUGAGGACAAGGUUCCUCUCUCUGAGAACAAGGUUCUUCACACUGAGGACAAGGUUCCUCUCUCUGAGGACAAGGUUCCGCACUCUGAAGGCAAGUUCUUCACACUGAGGACAAGUUUCCUCUUUCUGAGAACAGGUUUCCUCACUCUGAGGGCAAGGUUCCUCACUCAGGGGACAAGGUUCGUCGCUCUGAGGAAAACGUUCCUCACACUGAGGAGAAGGCUCCUCACUCUGAGGACAAGGUUCCUCGCUCUGAGGAGAAGGUUUAUCACUCUGAGGACAAGUUUCCUCACUCUGAGGGCAAGGUGCUUCACACUGAGGACAAGGUUCCUCACACUGAGAAGAAGGUUCCUCAUUAUCAGGACAAGGUUCCUCACUCUGAGGACAAGGUUCCUCACGCUGAGGACAAGGUUCUUCACUUUGAGGACAAGGUUCCUCACUCUGAGAACAAGGUUCCUCACACUGAGGACAAGGUCCCUCACACUAAGGACAAGGUUCAUCACUCUGAAAACAAGGUUCCUCACUCUUAGAACAAGGUUCCUCACUCUGAGAACAAGGGUUCUUCACACUGAGGACAAGGUUCCGCACUCUGAGAAGAAGGUUCAUCACUCUAAGGACAAGGUUCCUCACUUUGAGAACAAGGUUCCUCACUCUGUGGACAAGGUUCCGCACUCUGAGGGCAAGGUUCCUCACACUGAAGCCAAGCUUCCCCACUCUGAGGACAAGGAUCUUCACUCUGAGGACAAGGUCCUCACUCUGAGGACAAGGUCCUCACUCUGAGGCAAGUUUCCGCCCCUUGAAGGCAGGUUCCUCAGACUGAGGACAAGGUUCAUCGCUCUGAGGACAAGGUUCCUCACUCUGAGGACAAGGUUCCUCACACUAAAGACAAGGAUCCUCACUCUGCGAACAAGGUUCCUCACUCUUAGGACAAGGUUCUCACUCUGAGGACAAGGUUCUUCACUCUGAGGACAAGGUUCUUCACUCUGAGGACAAGGUUCCUCACUCUGAGGAAAAGGUUCCUCACACUGAGGACAAGGCUCCUCACUCUGAGGACAAGGUUCCUCACUCUGAGGACAAGGUUCUUCACUCUGAGGACAAGGUUCCUCUCUCUGAGGAAAUCAUUCCUCACAAUGAGCACAAGGUUCCCCACUCUGAGGACGAGGUUCCUCACACUGAGGACAAGGUCCCUCUCCUUGAGAACAAGGUUCCUCACUCUGAGGACAAUGUUCCUCACUCUGAGGACAAGGUUCUUCACACUGAGGACAAGGUUCCUCAUUUUGAGAACAAGGUUCCUCACUCUGAGGAGAAGGUUCCUCACUCUGAGGCAAGGUUCCGCACUCUGAGGAGAAGGUUCAUGACUCUGAGGACAAGGAUCCUCACUCUGAGGACAAGGUUCUUCACACUGAGGACAAGGUUCCACACUCUGAGAAGAAGGUUCAUGACUCUGAGGAGAAGGUUCCUCACUCUGAGGACAAGGUUCCUCACUCUGAGGAAAAGGGUCCUCACACUGAGGACAAGGCUCCUCACUCCUAGGACAAGGUUCUUCACUGUGAGGACAAGAUUCCUCUCUCUGAGAAAAACGUUCCUCACACUGAAGACAAGGCUCCUCACUCUGAGGACAAGGCUCCUCACUCUGAGGACAAGGUUCCUCACUCUGAGGACAAGUUUCCUAACUCUGAGGACAAGUUUCCUCACUCUGAAAGCAGGAUCGUCACUCUGAGGACAAGGAUCAUCAGUCUGAGGACAAGGUUCCUCACUCUGAGCACAAGGUGCUUCACAGUGAGGACAAGGUUCCUCACACUGAAAACAAGGUUCCUCAUUAUGAGGACAAGGUUCCUCACUCUGUGGACAAGGUUCCUCACUCUGAGGACAAGGUUCUUCACACUGAUUACAAGGGUCCGCCUCUUAGAACAAGGUUCCUCACUCUGAGGACAAGGUUCCUCACUCUGAUGUCAGGUUCCUCACUCUGAGGAGAAGGUUUCUCACUCUGAGGACAAGGUUCCUCACUCUGAAGUCAGGUUCCCCACUCUGACGACAAAGUUCCUCACCCUGAGGACAAGGUUCUUCACACUGAGGACAAGGUUCCGCACUCUGAGAAGAAGGCUCAUGACUCUGAGGACAAGGCUCCUCACUCUGAGGACAAGAAUCCUCCCUCUCAGGACAAGGUUCCUCACUCUGAGGACAACGUUCCUUACUCUGAGGAAAAGGUUCCUCACACUGAGGACAAGGCUCCUCACCCUGAGGACAAGGUUCCUCACCCUGAGGACAAGGUUCUUCAGUCUGAAGACCAGGUCCUCUCUGAGGACAAGGUUCCGGACUCUGAAGGCAGGUUCCUAACACUGAGGACAAGUUUCCUCGUUCUGAAGACAGGUUUCCUCACUCUGAGGACAAGGUUCCUCACACUGAGGACAAGGUUCCUCAUUCUGGGGACAAGGUUGCUCACUCUGAGGACAAGGUUCCUCACUCUGAUGAAAAAGUUCCUCACACUGAGGACAAGGCUCCUCACUCCGAGGACAAGGUUCCUCACUCUGAGGAGAAGGUUCAUCACUCUGGGGACAAGGUUCCUCACUCUGAGGACAAGGUGCGCCACACUGAGGACAAGGUUCGUCACACUGAGAACAAGGUUCCUCAUUAUGAGGACAAGGUUCCUCACUCUGAGGACAAGGUUCCUCACGCUGAGGACAAGGUUCCUCACUCUUAGGACAAGGUUCUUCACGCUGAGGACGUCGACAAUAUUCCUCACACUGAGGACAGGAUUCCUCACUCUGAGAACAAGGUUCCUCACACUGAGGACAAGGUUCCUCACACUAAGGACAAGGUUCCUCACUCUGAAAACAAGGUUCCUCACCCUGAGAACAAGGUUCCUCACUCUGAGAACAAGGGUUCCUCAAUCUGA